GAUAAACAUAACACCUUAAUAAUUAUAAAUUUGAUACAGAAGUUUAUUUGCUAUGAAUACAGUUUCCUUUAAGUUCCAAUAAACCUGAAUAUUGGGCAUAGACGAAUAUUUUGAUGCAAUGGAACUUCCCGGGCAGCAGCUGGAAGCUGCCCAGGCGCAUACGCCUUUAGACCACGUAUUACACCUCGACAUCAAGUCACCAGCAGCCUGUCAAAGACAAACUGCAAUAAUGGCUACAAUGGGAAAAUCCACAUAUGAUGUUGAAGUUAUUGAGAAAAUGAUAGCAGCCGGAAUGAAUAUUGCCCUACUAAAUCUUUCAUUCGGGCCUUUAGAGGAGCACGUGGAAACUAUCAAGUUACUUCGACAGGCAGCCAAGAACUAUAGUGCAAGGAUUGGUAAAAAUUAUCCUUUGGCUAUCGCUGCACGACUACCCGGAAAAAAAAUCAGAACUGGCUAUAUUUCUGACACUUAUGGUGAUUCUGUGGAACUUAUAGCAGGUGAAUCCGUCCGGCUAACAACGGAUGAAACAUAUAAAGAAAGAUGUUCCACUUAUACAGUUUACGUUGAUUAUAUGCACUUUGCCGAACAGAUUAGCAAAGGCGACUAUAUAUUAAUAGACAAUGAGUCUUUAUUACUCAAAGUUGAAAUUAUAUCCUCAACAACUUUGACGUGCGUUAUCGAGAGAGGUGGACAUCUAGGGUCUUUUAAAGAUGUUUUCGUCCCAAACGUCACUUUUGACAUGCCGAAUUAUACAGAUACUGAUAAAGUAUUCAUUGAUAUGGCCGUUCGUCACCAAUUGGACAUUCUUGUCGCGUCUUUCGUAAACUCGAGUAAUGGCAUUACCGAGCUCAGGUACUUAAUGGGAGAGAAAGGAAAGAAAAUAGCUAUUGUCGCUAACAUCCAAACUAUUGAAGGCUUUCGUAACUUCGAUGACAUUAUGUCGAUUGCCAAUGGCAUAAUGAUUACUAGACAGGAGUUAGGAUCAGACAUCACACCGAAGAAAUUAGUAAUAGCUCAGAAGAAUAUGAUUGCAAGAGCUAAUAAAGCCAAUGUUCCUGUGUGCGUAAGCGCACACCUCCUAAGCAGUAUGCGGUACAAUGAAAUUCCGUUGAGAGCGGAACUCCUCGACGUAGCAAACAGUGUUCUUGAUGGUGCCGACGUCUUAGUACUCUCCGCUGAGACAGCAAUCGGUCGUUAUCCGAUCACUACAGUUCAGUGCAUGGCCACUGCAUGUAAGGAAGCUGAGGCGUGCGUUUGGACCAAACAACUGUUUUCUGAUCUCAUCGAUAAGACACCUUUGCCCUGUGAUCAAACCACUGGAACCGCAAUAGCAGCGGUUAUGGCUGCGCAACGUUCUAUGGCAGCCGCAAUAAUAGCUGUAACCACAUCAGGCAAAUCAGCUCAUGUUUUGUCCAAGUAUAAACCCCGCUGUCCUAUAAUUGGCGUCACCAGAUACUCGAUUAUUGCUAAGCAGUUGCAUCUGUGGAGAGGAGUUAUUCCAUUAGUUUAUGAAGCUGAACCAGCUAUGGAUUGGCAAACGGAUGUCAAUAAUCGCGUGAGCUUCUGUAUAUUCUGGGCCAUGGAGCAAGGUUUCGUAAGAAUUGGCGAUCCUUUAGUAGUUAUAUCGGGAUGGAGACAAGGGUCGGGAUUUACCAACACCAUGAGAAUCAUUUACGCACCUGCGGACUCCGCGAGAUAAAAUAUUUUAUGCUCCUUUGAAGACAUAGACUAAAUGGAAGACGAAGACGCC